AGACGGUUCUUAGAGUGCUGCCACUUCACCUGCAUGAUUGGAGGAAGAUCAACAAUGGCCGCUGUGAGGAAGGUCACUGACAAGCGGCAUAACCCAGUGGAAAGCAUCUGUAGAAAAAUCAGAGCCAUCCAAAAGAGAGAAGACAUUUCAGAUCCAGUUCGACAGAUUCUCAAAUACCAGUCGAGCAAUUUUGAUAGUCCGCAGAUUAACACUGAGGAAGAUAUUGAAGAGGUUCUGAAGAACAUGGCGACCACUCCUAUUCCCUCGCCCAACACUUUCUUCUCAAGUACCUCGAGAGACAAUGCCAUCAUUACAUCUCCUCAAAUAAGGUCUCCAAGAACCCCAUCCAUUUCUCAUCUCUGCUCUCCCGAGAAUGCCACAUAUCCUGUUCCUCUCACAAGUUCUGAACACCUCUCAAGGCCAAGACCUGAGAGCUGUCAGAAUUCUACAUCCUGGGCAUCACAGACCAGGAAAGGGGAGCACUUCUCUACCAAGGAUUUGAAUAACCAUUGUGAAAAUCAUUUUAAUGCCUUAACACUUGACUUUGAUUCAACCUCUGAUAAAAACUCUGAAUGUCUUACUCCUCAGGAAUCAGUGGUGAAAAAAUUAUCUCUAAAUGAAGCUGGUUCAGUAGGAGUUGCCAAAAUAAUAGAUUAUCUGAGACAAGAAAGUAGUCAAAAUUAUGAAGAUAGUGGACUUGAGAAGCUAUGGAACAUACUUGAUCCUAAAAAGGGAGACCUGCAUGUGGACCUGGAAAUUUUUCAUGCCAUCAUGAAAGAAUGGAUGGCUUGCUGUAGAAUCAAAUGGUAA